AUGGCUAACCCCUGGUUGCCUCCUCACGGCUCCUCCGCCCCGUCUCCUCCGCGUCUCACCACCAGUGAGAGUCUCCCUCCUCCCCUUCCUCCUGACCCUCCAGAUCCAAAUGACCCCCUUUCUCUCUCCCGUUUCCCUCCUCUAGGUACUCCCCUUCCUAAACCCAUCCGAACUUCUCUACAAACUGCCAAGUUUCAAAGGCCUGUAGGAAAGUCUCCUGCCUCUAGAACUGCUGUUGCUAUCACCUCUGGUGGCUCAGCGCCUAAAUCCUCUGUAGCUUCUGGAUCUGCAAAUUUCAGAUCUGGAAAUACUGUUCACUCAAACCAUGGAAACUUCAAGGUUCUCCCACCUAAAUUCUCCUCUCCUAUUCAAACAAAUAUGGCUGCUGGAGCCAGUCCCAAACCAUCUAUCCUCCCUCCUCUCCUUGCUCAGCCAGCCCCAUCCCUACCCCUCGCUCCGAACCUUAAUGCUCAGUCUCCUCCCUCCCUAACCCCUCCUUGUUCGAACCCCUCUUCUUCCUGCCCUCCUUUGGCGCCGUUGCCUCCUCCCUUAGCUUCGAGCCAACAGAAACCAACUGCCUCCCCUAUCAACUCAAACCCCUGCCCUGAAACUAGCUCCCCUCCUCCCCAAUCCUCUCCUCUGCUUGAGAAAAUAAAACAGAGGGAGAAUAAAACCUUGCAGCGCCUGGCUCCUGUCUCUUCUUCAGAUAAAGGCGUCUCCCGAGUCCUCAUUCCUGAUAGUGUUUUCCAGAAGGGAGCUGAAAUACACAAAGACUUCAUUAUUUGCUAUUUCAAUGGAAGACCUCCACCUUUUAAUCAAAUUCAAGGUGUGCUUAAUCACAUGUGGGGGAAAGGGAGAAGGGUUGAAAUACACACUAAUCCCUUAUCUCGCUCCAUGCUGGUUCGCAUUCCUUCGGAAUAUCUGAGGCAAAAAAUCUUAGAGAAGUCUGUCUGGUAUGUUGGAGAGUCCAUGUUCCAAGCUGUGCAAUGGUCUUCGUCAGCAGCUUCAAGUCCCCCCUCUCUGGAAUCAAUUCAAAUCUGGGCACACUUGACGGGAGUCCCACUCAAUCUCCGUCACACGCAAGGGCUCAGUCUCGUGGCUGGAUUGGUUGGUGAUCCGAGGGAAACUGAUGAUUUCACUAUCAACUUAGUAAGCCUCACUCUCUCGCAUGUGAAGGUUGCUGUUGAUUUAACAAAGCCCUUGCCAAGUGUUGUUGAAUUUAUAAGAGAAAAUGGUGAGGUUGUAGAAGUGCAAGUGGCUUACCCUUGGGUUCCUCCUACUUGUUCUCAUUGUAAGGAGUUAGGCCAUGUCUCCCGCAACUGUCUACUGCUCCCACCACCACCAAAGACUGACUUACCUGCAAAGAAAACAUCAAAGUCAGACUUGCCUCCCAAGAAGGCUGAUAAACCUUCUACCAGUACACCAGCAAAAGAAAAAACAGUUGGUUCCUCAAUAAACAAAGAAAAGCAGCAUAUGGAUCCUAAAGCUACUUCAGUUUCUGAUCCUUCAGUCGCUGACUCUUCUUCCACUACCCUUGUUCCCCAGCCUGAACCUCCUAAUCUCCCUCCACCCCCUCCCCUCUUCUCUCCUUCCCCCACUCCUAAUCCUCCCGUCCCCUUAGCCAUUUCCGUUGUCCCCCCUCUUAUCUCUCCUUAUUCCUUUUUACCCUCCCCCACUGACCCUCUUAGUCCUCCAGACUUUUUUUUUGCGCCAUCUCUUAAAAGACCCCGCCCUGACCCAACUGCUAAAUCCUUCCCCUCCUUCACUGCUCAACUCUCCUUUUUCUCAUCCUCAUCUACCCCUUCUGGCCCAGAACUCCCUCCCCCUCCUGCUUUACCCUCCCCUGGCCUCCCUUUAUCUAAUCCUUUUUCUAUUUUGGCCCCCGAUGGUUCUCUUCACCAUGAAGAGACCUUAGACUAA